UGAAGGGACUGCCCGCCGUCUGCACUCACAGGAAAUAUUUCCAGGGCGCCGUGAUCACGCGAGAGUUGUCCUCGGCGCUAAAAUGGCGGCACCUGGGACCGGUGGACCGUCUGGAGCGGUGGAUGAUGCGUUUUCCAAGUAUUACAACGAGGUUAAACAAAUUGAAAAACGUGACUCUGUGCUUACCCCGAAGCAGCAGAUAGAGAGACUGACACGGCCUGGAUCCUCAUAUUUCAACUUGAAUCCUUUUGAGGUGUUACAGAUUGAUCCAGAAGUGACAGACGACGAAAUAAAAAAGAGGUUCCGACAGUUAUCAAUUCUCGUCCAUCCAGACAAAAAUCAAGAUGAUACUGAAAGAUCGCAGAAAGCCUUUGAAGCUGUGGACAAGGCAUAUAAGCAGUUGUUAGAGGCAGAGCAUAAGAAGCGGGCACUAGAUAUCAUCCAGGCUGGACAAGAGUACAUUGAGCACAUAGUAAAAGAAAAAAAGAAGCAAUUGAAAAAAGAAGGAAAAUCAUUAGAUAUUGAAGAAGAUGACCCUGAAGUUUUCAAACAGGCAGUGUACAAACAAACCAUGAAGCUUUUUGCAGAGCUGGAAAUUAAAAGGAAAGAGAGAGAAACCAAAGAAAUGCAUGAAAGGAAAAGACAGCGAGAGGAAGAAAUAGAAGCUCAAGAAAAAGCUAAGCGUGAGAGGGAGUGGCAGAAAAACUUUGAGGAAAGCCGAGAUGGACGUGUUGACAGUUGGAGAAGUUUCCAAUCACACAAAAAAGGCAAAAAGGAAAAGAAAACGCGUACAUUUUUAAAACCGCCAAAAGUGAAGAUGGAACAGAGGGAGUGACCACCCAUACACUGGACACUUGUCGCUUUAUUUUACGAACAGCAUUUCGUGAUCAUCUGCCGAAGGAAUAGUUACUAUAUCCUAACUUGUGUUUUGUACAGUUCCUGCUCUUUUAUUUCAUUUUUCCUGUUGGGGCAAAAACCUGUUUUUCUUUUUGUACAUGAAAAACUUCACCUGGUCUCACAGUACACAUGUGAAAAGCAGAAAGCACACUUAGGUAAAGCAGCAUCUUCAAGUACACUAUCGAGACGCCCAAGGUUCUGUUGGUUUGAGAAGGAAUCCAUGACUGUGUACAAGCUUUGGUAUAGCGGUGUUGAAGCAGGUAUCUUCAUUAUAUGGUAGCUUGCCAUUGGCCAUCAGAAAAUGCUGUGUCUUAUACUUGAUAGAUACAUAGCUCCUGUCAUAUUGGCUUGUAGAAGACGAGGAAAUAAACACACUGAUGUGAUGCUAGUCAUUGGCUAAAAAGUUACUUGACUGUGUAACUCUCUGCUCCAAUGUCAACCUGUGAUGAGCGGCAGUCUGUUAUUACCUGAUUUGGAAUCCAUGUUAUAGCAUGUGUAACUGACAUCAGACACCUGCUACAUGUGUAUAAUACUAAUAAAUUGUGGAUUACAUUGUG